AUGGGCGACUCCGACCAGCAUGAACACGGUCACGUGAGCCCCGAACUCGCCACAGCACACUCUCCACCUUUAACAUCGGCUUUGCAACCAACCUCGUCCACAAGUUCAAUUGAGGAAGGUCCAGCAGCAGCAUCCAACGAGGAAAAGACAGAGUCCGACAAAAGGGCACCUCUGAAUGUGCCUCCAGUCGCAGACACGCCUCCGCAGACAUCUCCUGAGACGACACACAACAAGUGUCCCCCUCCUCCAGCUUCUCAGACUCCGCCCAAGUCUCCUCCUAAGGACGAUACCAGUGAUGUGAAGGGCACAGACAGUGCAAGCGGUGCAAAUGGAGAUACAGACGACAACACAGAAAAUACCAACAACACCAACAAUACCACCAAUACCACCAAUACAAACCAUACCAACCAUACCAACACCAAUACCAAUGACAAGACGGAUGUGACCAGUGGGAAUGCACACGAAAUUCCCUCUAACACGAGUGGCAAGACGUCACCGGCGGCAAACACCCCAACGACAACAACAACUCCUACAGCGACAAACCCCAUCCAUAUUCCGGGACUCACCAACACCAAGCCCGUAUCGCUGUCGGGCACAUCGUCCCCCGUGGCUCACAACACGUACACAGCGGCCAGCACGGUCAACAUGGGAAAAUCUGGCCACGCUAGCGACGCGGGCAGUGCGCAAGAGACAGGCUCCACGUCGGGAGCAACCACAGGAUCAGUCGCUAUAGCCACGUGUGGCGGCCGGGAAAUCAACCCGCACGUGCUCUACGUGGCGGGAGUGGACGCCUCCGUGAAGGAGUCCAUUCUGCUAGACCUGUUCAAGGUUACAGGACCUAUCAAGUCCAUCAAAAUCUUCCCCGACCGACAGAAGGCUAACAUCAACUUUGCCUUUAUCGAGUACGAGGACAAGGAGGCUGCACAGCUGGCGAUGCAGACGCUCAACAACCGCCAGAUCCACGGUCAGGAGAUUUCCGUCUCGUUCGCAUUCCAGACCAAGGUCGAGCGUGACUAUAACUUGUUUGUGGGCGACCUGGGCGCCGACGUCAACGACGAAAUGCUGCACAAGCACUUUGCGCACAUUCCGGGGCUGUUGGAUGCACGAGUCAUGUGGGACAUGACGACGGGUCGGUCCCGAGGCUACGGCUUUGUUUCGUUUGAGACCAAACAGGGCGCGGAGCGGGGUUUGAUUGAAAACGGCAGUGUGCUCGGCAGCCGGGUGAUCCGUGCUAACUGGGCCAGCUCGAGACGCAGCAACAUGCAGGGUCAGUCGGGACCCCAGGGAGGACGAAACAUGGGAGGGCACAUGGGAGGACAUAUGGGUGGCGGCAUGGGAGGUGGAAUGGGUGGCAUGGGCGGCAUGGGAGGCAUGGGAGGCAUGGGUGGAAUGGGAGGAAUGGGCGGCAUGGGUGGAUUCAAUAAUGGCAUGGGCAACUUUGGACCUUAUGGCAACCAAGGGAUGGGAGGCCACAACCACGGACCUGGCAACCACAACAUGAUGAACAAUCGAAACUACCGUGACCGAAGUGACCGAAGUGACCGAAGUGACCGAAGUGACCGCAACGACCGUGACCGUGGCGGUGACAAGAUGGGUCUACCGAAAACGGUGUACAUUGGUAAUUUGCCAAACAUGCAUCCGUCGGAGCUGAUUCCUCUUCUGCAGAACUUUGGCUACGUGGUGGAGUUCAAGCAUCAUUCCAAUUACGCUUUUGUAAGCUACGAUUCACAUAAAAGAGCGCAGAUAGCCAUGAUGCAGCUCAAUGGGUAUAAUAUCCACGGACGAACGCUGAAGUGUGGAUGGGGUAGAGACAGGAGGUAG